CUAGUGAAAGGUUAAUUAUUUAAAAAAAAGAAUGGAAAAAAAAGUACCGAAAAGGGAAAACAUAAAAAUUAGGGAGAAAGAGAAAGCGGCGGAACGGAACAGAGGUUCUUCGGGUUUAGGGAACUUGCAGCCAUGGGAGCUCUUCCUCCGCCGCCUCAUUGGCUUCCCCGGGACGAUUUCUUGCUUAAAAACGCCGCCGAGGCUGGUGCUUCAUUAGAGUCACUUGCGAGAGGUGCUGUAAAGUUUUCCCGGCGGUUUACUGUUCAAGAAUUGCAAGACAGAUGGAUCUCUCUUCUAUACGAUCCUGUUGUUUCAGAACAGGCAUCAGCCAAAAUGCUUGAGUUCGAAUGCCUUUGUGCAUUCUCAUCAAACCAUAAUGAUAGCUGCUUUGACAAUGAAAACAAAGACUUCAAAUCUGUUUGUGGAAAGAGACAAACUAGGAGUGUCAAAAGGUACUAUUAUUCUAUGCGGAAGAGAAUCCGCGACGAAGCAUUCCUCCCAACCAUUGAUGUGGAUUUCCUUACUGGUUCCUCCGGUAAUAAUAAUAACAAUGAUAAUGGUGAUGACUGUAAUCCUCCUCCACUACCCCCCGACUCUUCAUUCUUUGGAGAUUCAUUGACAGAUCAAUUCGGUUUCAUUGGUAAUAGUGUAUUUCCUAACAAUGAGCACAACAUGCCCGAGAAUAUUUCUGGAACUGAGUUUGAAGUCCCACUUUUAAAUUCGCCAUUUGGAUAUUCGCCUUCUUCUGAGAUGCCCCCAGACUGGAAUGAUUUCACGCUUCCUGUUGAUGAUGAUAUCAUUAUUCAAUCAGAACCACCUAAAAUGGAGGAUCAGAUGGGAAUUUCCACUCCUAGCACUGAUGAUCUCUUAGCACAAAUAGACUCCAUUCUCAACUCCACCAGUGACGAUGAUAUGUUCCCAAUAGAUAAUAUCGAAAACGAAUCUUAUUUGGACACUUAUGGAUCGCUUCUGUUGGAUUCUCCAAAUGGUGGCGGAGAAACAGAAAAGGAGGAGAACGUUAUAUUACCCAAUGAACCAUCAGUUCAAAAAGCUCAGCUUCAUUAUUAUGGUGGCGAUCAAGUGCUAUUAUCAUCUGCUUUGAGUGUCAAUCCGGCAUGUCCAGAACUGCGUAAUGGGGUUAUUUGCUGUACCUUAAAUACGGAGGAUCCGGAUAUUCCUAGCAAUGAUGAUGUUUUCCUUCCAAUUCGCAUUCCAUCAACACCUUUACCCUCUGCUGUACUAUGCAAAUACGACGAAGCUUACCGUCCUACGUUAAAAAGUGCAUCUGAUGUCCAAAUGAACAACAGAUGGUCUUUCAUGAAGAUUAGGGAAAAAAGUGACAUGGGGGUACCUAAUAUUGACACUGCUGGAGAUGUGGUAACAAGGAACACAAGCUCAAAUGAAGGUUUGAAAGUAAUGACUUCAUCAAGAAUAGCAACACCAACAACUACCCUUGCUACUAGAACUACGAUAUGUGCUCUACCUGCAGUAGCUUUUACUAAGAACAAGACCUUAGUAGGAUGUUCUAUGGAUACUCCCCAAAAGCAGGAACUAUGUUCUCAUGAUCCCAUUUCAAAUGCUUCAAUGUUGGACCAGGAAGACUUAUGUUGAAGCACUGAUCCUUGAUAUGGAACUGAGCCCCGAUGACAGAGACAUCUUUAAUAAGAAAGUUGCAAAAUAUCAGCACCAACAGACUAAAAGAACAAUCAUGAGACUGGAACAGGGAGCUGAUGCUCACAUACAAAGAUUGAUUGCCUCUCAAAAAGCAUUUGCUAUUCUAUAUAGUCGUUGUUCAACCCAUUUUAUUAAAAAACCAGAGGUUUUGGUUGGGAGGGGAACUGCAGACACCGAAGUUGAUAUUGAUUUGAGCAAAGAACUUCGUGGUAGUAAAAUUUCUCGCCGGCAGGCAAUCAUAAAGAUCAACAUGGAUGGAGCUUUCCUUUUGCAAAAUGUUAGCAAACAUUUGAUUCACGUGAAUGGAAAAGAAAUAAUGCCACGCCAAAGUGUUCAUCUUACACAAAGUUCUCUGAUUGAGGUAAGAGGAAUGACAUUUGUAUUUGAGAUGAACCGGAACCAAGUAAAGCGGCUUGUUGAUG